AUGCCCCAUUGCUUCUGGGGGCGGCUGUUCUCUGCGCUGUGCUGCCAGGUCAGGCCAUCGGUGAGCAGCGACACGCCCAAGCGGUCAGUAGACAAUUCAGCCUUCACGACCGCCAACAUGCCCUUGCAUGAUUGUUACGGUAAGAACAGGUAUGUGCCUGGGAUUAUGGGGCCGGAAAGGCUAAGGGAAAGCCAAGAUGGCAAUAAACACUCCCUAGUGGACAGUAACUUGGAAACGUGUCUAUCAUCUGGAGGAUUAACACAAAUGAAAAAGAAACUUCAUGUCUCUUCUCCUUCUUCUGUGCCGUCCCGCUUUGAUCCUGAUCCUGCUCCUGAUCCAUAG